GAACGACCCGGUACAGCGUCUUCUUCUUUACGCGUACCCAGCGAAAAUCGCCUUUCUUCACCCGAUUUCCCCCCUUUUCCAGCCCCAAAAUCCCUCUAUAAAAAUCUCUUUCCUUCUCCAUUAGCAACAACUUUCGGAGAAAAAGAAUCACUAAGCUGCAACAGUCAUAUAAGAAAUACACCUUAAAUAUAUAUUUUCUUUCCUUGUUCGUGGGUUGCUAGGAGCUCCUGUAGUUUGAAGUUGGUGGUGAGGUCGUUCCAACCUCGGUUUCGCUGCCCGGAAAAAGAAAUGGAGUUAGGGCUGGUCACCCUGUUGAGAGCUGCAUGGGUUGCUGCGAUAUUGCCCGUUGUUAUCGCUUUGAUUCCUUCAUCCAAGAUCAGUUUUUUUCAACAAUUCGUGUUAGGGUUUGCUAAGCGUGGCAAGAUUAUGCAGUCUUCAUCAAAUAAAUUCGCUGUUCCACAGAAACUCUUCAUUCACUUCUAUAUUCUAGCUUCUGUUUGGACAACACUUCUGUUAGCUGCAACCUGGCUUUAUGCUUAUAGUACAGUGCCAAAGAUCUCAGAACCAUAUCUUUUUUCUAGUAUUGCUAGCCACUUGACGGGAGGAUCACGUAUCUUCUCUUUCCACAGUUCUCAUACAUCAAAGGAGCAUAGAAGCAGGAUUGCUGUAUCGAUCUUUCUGCUUUUAUUAAUGGAAGCUCAAGUACUGCGACGCCUGUUUGAGUCAAUAUACGUGUUUAAAUAUAGUCCUUCAGCCAGGAUGCACAUUUUAGGCUACCUCACCGGUUUAUUCUUCUAUACAGCAGUUCCCAUCUCUCUUUGCUGCAAUCAUGCUACAGAGGUAUACAAGUUCGGGUUGAGUUUGAUUCAAGAGUUUAUUGUCAAAGGAAAAGAUAGGAUGCUAACAACUGAGGUUGAUUGGUGGAGAUUUUUGAACCCUCUCAUUCAACUACGAUGGUACUCAUGGAUUGGUGCAGCUAUAUUUUUUUGGGGCUGGAUUCAUCAACACCAUUGUCAUGCAAUUCUGGGUUCAUUGAGGGAGAACAGAGAAGACAAUGACGAAUAUGUAGUUCCUCAUGGUGAUUGGUUUCAAUAUGUUUCAUCUCCACACUAUUUGGCUGAGAUUGUUGUAUAUGCUGGCUUUGUGGUUGCUAGUGGAUGUUCGGACCUCACAAUAUGGCUACUCUGGGGAUUCACGGUGGCAAAUCUUGUCUUAGCAGCAGCAGAAACACAUAGAUGGUAUUUGCACAAGUUUGACAACUAUCCUAGGAAUCGUUUUGCUAUUUUCCCAUUUGUUUAUUAAUGCUUAAUGACCAAGUUCUGCUAUAUUAUUUAUUUGAGCAGAACUGUGUAUGUAUAUAUAGGUUCUGUUAGCUAGAUGUGAAUUGUUUCUAGCCAUGGAUACAAUUCUAUGGAUCUGAUUAUGCCCAGCAGUUUUUGUAAGCACUUCUGAUCCUUUUUUUUUUUGGGCCAAUUGCUUUAUCUAUCAUGUAACAUAAAUGAAUGAAAUUUGUGUGGAUGUUACUGCACUAAGUUGCAGAAGUGAAA